CAGAAGACUCCCCUCGAGCCACUGCCGGCCUACGAUGCCGACUCGGAACACACACCUCUCGUCGCUGGUGCACCCGCUCCUGUCUGCCAACAAAUUGCCCGCGCCCCUCUGCCCCUUGAGCUUCCAGCACUACAAGCCCUUCGUGGCAAGAGAGUCAUCCUGGCAUCCGCCUCACCACGACGAAAGCAGCUCCUCAAUCAGAUUGGCCUGCGGGACCUGGAGAUCAUCCCUUGCACAGCUCCUGAAGACUUCAGCAAGACGCUCGCUCCUUUCGAAUACGUGCUACAAACAGCCGAGCAANAAUGCGACCUGAUCUACCGUCAAGAGAUUGAUUCCGAGAAAGGCGAGCCCGCGUUGGUCAUUGCUGCCGACACGGUGGUUGUGAGCCCUAUGGGUGACAUUCUGGAGAAGCCAAGAAGCGAGAGAGAGCACAUUUCAGUCCUCAAAGCCUUGAGGAACAGCGGCUGGCACAAGGUCUACACAGCUGUCGUAUGUAUGUCUCCCUUAGAAAGUGCCAUGGACCCAGGAUAUGCUCUGAAGAGACACGUCGAAGAGACCAACNUAUCCGACGAACUCAUACUUGCAUACGUCAAGACUCGCGAAGGUGCCGACAAGGCGGGUGGCUAUGGUAUUCAGGGCAUGGGCGCCAUCCUCGUUGAGAAGAUUGACGGUUCAUACGACAACGUCGUCGGUCUACCACUCAAUGCCACCAUGAAGCUCAUUGGUCAAGUCCUGAACCCCGAUCUGCAGGCAGAAGAGGNNGAUGAAGAGGAGGAC